AUGUGGUCCAAUAAGGAGUUUGUAGUAGUGGUAGUAGUAACAGGACCGCAAAUAGACAUGAGUUUGUUGAAAGGAUCUCCUUUCGGGUCAGGAACCGGAAAUAAUAAUGGCGGAUCAAAUACUCCGACUCCGACUCCAAUACCCUUAAAUUCAAACGAUAAUUUGGACCACCAUCAUUCGACUCACGGUCACCAUUUAAAUCCUCCUCCUACUCCUCACAACAAUGAAAGUCUUUCGAAUCCUAAUACUCCGGUACCACCGAGUAAUACCCCCGGGGGUUUGAACAGUUUAAACAAAAGUGCUUUCAUAGAACUACAACAGCAAUAUAAUCCCGCUAUAAGAGCGGCUUACGGACAUUUUAACCACCAUCAGACGUCUCCCGGUUCUGGUGGAUAUCCAUUUCCGCCCAUGCAUCAAAAUAGUUACAGUUCAUACCACCUAGGAGGUUACGGUCCUCAAAGCCCACCUAAAGAAUCUGAAUUAGAUAAAAUAGGGGUUGAAGAUGGACCGUUGAGGGUAAAUGGAAAAGGUAAAAAAAUGAGAAAACCUCGUACCAUAUAUUCAAGUCUUCAGUUGCAACAAUUAAACAGAAGAUUUCAGAGAACGCAAUAUUUGGCAUUGCCCGAAAGGGCGGAAUUGGCAGCAAGUUUAGGAUUAACUCAAACGCAGGUUAAAAUUUGGUUUCAAAACAGGAGGAGUAAAUAUAAGAAAAUGAUGAAAGCCGCACAGAACACGGGGCCGGGAGGACAAAAUAACAAUGGUGGUGGAAACGGAUCUCCAGCACCACCCGGCGGUGCUACCGUCGGAAUUUUAGGUGGAAACAACAGCACGGGGUCGCAAAAUUCUCCAAAUUACGGACACCAUAACCAAAAUCAAACAUCUCCAUCACCUAGUUCUACUCCCGUAUCGGACAUGUCACCUCACGGUUUAUCCGGAUCACCUCCUACCAUGAACUGGGACAUGAAACCUAACAUUAACAAUUUGGGUGUGACACCCACGCAUCACACGACUGGUCAUCCACAUCAUACACCAACCCAUCAUCACCCGACGCAUCAUUCGUACAUGCCACAAUACAGUUGGUAUAAUGCAGAUACGGCAAAUCAACCUUUGCUAACGGUUUGGCCAGCAGUUUAA